GCAAGAUCUUGUUUUAUCUUAAUGUGAGUUAUCCCACGCCUCAAAUUAAUAAUGUAUUUGUACUUCGUAGUGAUCCCUGCAUUAUAUUUUUAUUAUAAGAAAAGUCGUUCAGUGAAGAUGGUCAGGGUUGACCCAUUCGAUGCCGUUUUAAUAAACGAAAAAAACACCAACACUACACAGCCUCACUUCGAGUUGGACAUAUGUAUAUAUAUAUCUAAUCCUGAAACUAAAAUCACUUAUAAUAAGAGAGAAAAGACUGAGUCAGACCAAAGAGAGGUAAUAAUAAAGCGAGAAAAUUAAUGGAGGAGACUACACACAGUCACAGAUGGUCUCUUGAUGGAAUGACUGCUCUUGUGACUGGGGGCACCAGUGGAAUUGGGUACGCUAUAGUGGAGGAAUUGUGUGGACUAGGGGCAAUCGUACAUACUUGCACUUUUAACGAAGCUCAGCUGAGUGAAUGCUUGAGUACUUGGGAGAGUAAGGGAUUUAGAGUCACUGGUUCGGUCUGUGAUUUGUUGAACCCAUCACAGCGCGAAGAGCUAAUUCUUAAGGUCUCUUCUUUGUUUGAUGGGAAACUCAACAUCCUUAUAAAUAAUGUAGGAACGACCUAUAUAAAACCAACACUGGAGUACACAGCUAAAGAUGUGUCAUUUCUGAUGGGCACUAAUUUUGAAGCUGCGUACAAUAUUUCCCAACUUGCUCAUCCUCUUCUCAAAGCUUCAGGGAUUGGGAGCAUUGUGUUUGUGGCUUCAGUGGCUGGAGUUUUAGCAGUAAAUGUUGGAUCGUUAUAUGGUGCAGCUAAAGGAGCUAUUAUUCAGUUGACCAAAAACUUGGCAUGUGAGUGGGCAAAGGAUAACAUAAGAAUCAAUGCUGUGGCGCCUUGGUUCAUCAGAACCCCACUUGUUGAGCCUUUAUUUUCUGAAGGAUUUACAAAAGAAGUGAAUGCGAGAACUCCUCUUGGGAGAAUUGGAGAGCCAAAGGAGGUGUCAUCUGCGGUGGCAUUUCUGUGCAUGCCUGCAGCCUCUUAUAUAACUGGGCAGACUGUUGGUGUUGAUGGAGGAAUGGCAGUGAAUGGAGGAUUAUUUUCUUGAAAACAAUCAAGGCAAAUUAAUUAAAAUAAGUUUUUCUAUUUGAUAUGGGGAGCUUAAAUAAAUCUUUAUCUUGUCUUGUUAUGAUAAUUUGUUUGAAAAAUAAUUAUCUACGCCAAUUAGACCAUCUUAAUAAACUCUAAGGUACAUUUUGUGUUACCUAGAUCCUAUGAAUGUAAUGGUUGGAAUAUAAUACCUCAGUUGAAACUAUAUAUGUUUGUUAGUUGAUUUGUUUCUUUGCUU